AUGUGGCCCCGUGCUCCGUCUAAACCAAGGAGAUCAUCCAACGCGCUACGUUCGGAUGGGUCGACUCGUCAUAGUAGUAGUAGUAGUAGUAGUAGUAGUAGUAGUAGUAGUAGUAGUAGUAGUAGUAGUAGUAGUAGUAGUAGUAGUAGUAGUAGUAGUAGUAGUAGUAGUAGUAGUAGUAGUAGUAGUAGUAGUAGUAGUAGUAGUAGUAGUAGUAGUAGUAGUAGUAGUAGUAGUAGUAGUAGUAGUAGUAGUAGUAGUAGUAGUAGUAGUAGUAGUAGUAGUAGUAGUAGUAGUAGUAGUAGUAGUAGUAGUAGUAGUAGUAGUAGUAGUAGUAGUAGUAGUAGUAGUAGUAGUAGUAGUAGUAGUAGUAGUAGUAGUAGUAGUAGUAGUAGUAGUAGUAGUAGUAGUAGUAGUAGUAGUAGUAGUAGUAGUAGUAGUAGUAGUAGUAGUAGUAGUAGUAGUAGUAGUAGUAGUAGUAGUAGUAGUAGUAGUAGUAGUAGUAGUAGUAGUAGUAGUAGUAGUAGUAGUAGUAGUAGUAGUAGUAGUAGUAGUAGUAGUAGUAGUAGUAGUAGUAGUAGUAGUAGUAGUAGUAGUAGUAGUAGUAGUAGUAGUAGUAGUAGUAGUAGUAGUAGUAGUAGUAGUAGUAGUAGUAGUAGUAGUAGUAGUAGUAGUAGUAGUAGUAGUAGUAGUAGUAGUAGUAGUAGUAGUAGUAGUAGUAGUAGUAGUAGUAGUAGUAGUAGUAGUAGUAGUAGUAGUAGUAGUAGUAGUAGUAGUAGUAGUAGUAGUAGUAGUAGUAGUAGUAGUAGUAGUAGUAGUAGUAGUAGUAGUAGUAGUAGUAGUAGUAGUAGUAGUAGUAGUAGUAGUAGUAGUAGUAGUAGUAGUAGUAGUAGUAGUAGUAGUAGUAGUAGUAGUAGUAGUAGUAGUAGUAGUAGUAGUAGUAGUAGUAGUAGUAGUAGUAGUAGUAGUAGUAGUAGUAGUAGUAGUAGUAGUAGUAGUAGUAGUAGUAGUAGUAGUAGUAGUAGUAGUAGUAGUAGUAGUAGUAGUAGUAGUAGUAGUAGUAGUAGUAGUAGUAGUAGUAGUAGUAGUAGUAGUAGUAGUAGUAGUUUUUUUGCCAUGACCGCAACAACUUCUGUCUUGCUGCUGCCGGGAAUGGCAAAGACGGACAUGGCAUGGCCUCAUCAAUCUCCUCGUCCUAGUCCAUCGGAGAGGGAAUGUGAAGAGCGACGGAGCCGGGAUGGAACUUUCCUUCUAGCAGCUGCUUGUUAA